GUCCUGCAGUACCGGACCCGAUGUCGAGAGUUGGAGCAGCAAGUGGGAGCAGGAGGGGUGAGUGGUUCCCUUCCAGGCAGGUGGGAAGGCACAGAGGACCACAGCCUGGAGAAAGCACUGCUUCAGGUAGAAGAGGAGCAUCAAAGGGGUGAGAAUCUAGCAGAAGUGAACGCUGUCCUGCGGGAGCACCUCAGUGAAGCAAAUGAGAUUAAUUCAGCCCUCAAAGAAGAUGUUGGAAAACUGACGGCGGAUUGGAUGAGGGCCCGGGAGGAGCUGGAAUUGAAGGAGAGCGAAUGGCGCCAUGAACGUGAGCUUUAUGACAGCUACAUAAGGGGUGAACACAACCGUCUGCUCGGCCUGUGGCGUCAGGUGGUGACCUUCCGCCGUCACUUCCUGGAGAUGAAGACGGCCACUGACCGAGAUCUGUCAGAGCUGAAGGCCGAGCAGCUGAGGCUUUCUGGCUCUAUUCUUGCAAACUGCUCCCACCUGCACUGCAGCGUACAGCUCUGGGAGUCUGUCACUGUGGGCAGACUUGUCCUAGAGGAUCAAGCACAGCAGGAAGAGGAACGGGAAAUGAACCAGAAGACUCAGGAAGUGAUGUGCCUACAAGUCAAGGGGGACCUGGAGAGGAAGGAGCUUCAGGACAGGGUGAUGGAGCUCUCAGCCUUGCUUGUACAGUCUCAGAAGCAGAAUGAGGAGAAGGAGAAGACCAUAAAAACACUUAACGACACUGUGGAGAUUCUAGAAGCAAGUCAGUUAGAGAAGGAAUAUGAAGAUUCCUUGACCAAAAGUGCCAAAGAAGCAAAUCUUUCUCUCCAAAAGCUGAUAAAAGAUAUAACUGAGGUCGUGUUAGAAGACAGUGACAGUGUGGUCAGCAUUACCUGCACUGACAGUUCCCAGUAUGCAGAGUCCAGCAACAUCCUCUCUUGUCUGAGCUCCUUUGAUGCAGAGCAUGCCCUUGUGUUGGUUCAGGAAGCACUGGCAAGGAGGCGAGGAACAACACAGGCCCUGGAAGAGGAGCUUUUUGCCAGGCAGGACUCUAUAAAUUUCCUGCAGCACCAGCACAAGGAGGAGGAAGAGAAGUGCAGGAAGCUGCAGCAAAGGCUUGAGCAACUGGAGGAGGAAUGCAAGACAUCCAGCAGCCACAGGCAGCACCUGCAGUCUCUGGUAGAAGCACUCAGGAGUGACUGUGCAAACCUUGAGAAAACCAGGGAAGAGCUACAGCAGCAGCUUGAAGUAACGGAGCGAGAAGCCUCGCGUCUGCGUCGAAGUAACGCUGAGCUGCAGCUGAAGGAAAAUUCAGCCCAGGGGGAAAAGGUGGAGCAGCAGCAGAUGAUGGAGAGAGCGCGUCGUGACCAGCAGCUCCUACUAAAGGACUUAGCUGCUCUUGAAGGAAAACAUUCAUUGUUACAGAGUGAGUUGGUAGUCACAAGAGAGACGCUGGAGGAAUCGCACCUUCAGCGAGAUCUGCUGAAGCAAGAGAAACAUGAGCUUACCGUGGCACUGGAGAAGGCAGAGCAGUCAGUAGCAGAGUUGACGGGCGCUCAGAGUAAGCUGAGUGCUGAAGUAGCUGAUCUGCAUGUUGCAACAGCGAACGUGAGCAGUAUCAAUGAAGCUCUUGCAUUGGAUAAAGUGCAACUGAACAAACUUUUGCUGCAGCUGGAGCAAGAGAAUGAAAUUCUGUCAGGUAAAGUGGAUGAGAUGGAAAGAGCAAAGAUCUCUGACCAGGAGAAGCUGAGCUUGUGUGAAAGAAGAAAUGAAGAGCUCAGUGCAGAGAAAGCCCACCUGGAGCAGCUGCUGAAGAAAGCAGAGGAGCAACAGGAGGGGCUGCGGGUGCAGCUGAGGACACUGGCAGAGGAAAAGGCAGAAACCCAAGAGAAACUCAAUCAGGUUUACCGGCAGCAGGAGUCAGCGAGCAGCGGUCUGGAGCAGUUGCGCCAGGAGUCCUCUCGCCAAGAGCUUGCACUGACCAAGGUGUCCAAAGAGAAGGAGGUGCUGGUGCAUGAGAAGGCGGCCCUAGAGGUGCGACUGGCAGCUGUGGAGCGGGACAGACACGGCCUUUCCGAGCAGCUGGCAGAGGCCAGGUCAGUGAAGGAGACCCUGGAGUCCAGCCUGUUUGAGGCACAGCAGCACUUAUCUCAGCUGGAGAUCGCCAGGAGUCAGCUUGAAAUCCAACUUCACACAGUCACGCAGGCCAAGGAGGUGAUACAAGGGGAAGUGAAGUGCCUUCAAUGGGAGCUGGAAGCAGAGAGAUCUCUUAUGAAGCAGGAACGGGAAAACAUGGUACAGCAGCUCUUGCAGACAGAACAGCAGUAUGACAGUACCCUCAGACUUCGGCAGACUGACCAUGAAGUGGAAAUAAACAAACUCCUGCAAGACCUGGAAAGCGAGCGGGAAGGGCACCAUUCAGAGCUGCAGGAGAUGCUGGAGCAAUGGGAAAAGGAGAAGGCAGAGACAGAAGGGGAGCAUGAGAAGAAGCUGUUUGAUAUGAGGCAGAAAGUGGCUGCCAUGCAAGCUCAGCAAGAAGAGGAACGAACCAGAGUUGAAAAUGUCAAGAAAGAGGUCCUGCUAGAAAAGGAGCGUGAGAAGAAUGCUUUAUUAGAGACACUACUCCAAACUCAGGAAGAGCUGACAGAAGCCUGCCAGCAGCUCGAUCAGCUCAGGCAGGAGGUGAAGGAGCAGCGAGAGAAUGGGCAGAGCAUCACAGAAAAGCUGCAUGCAGAACUGCAGGAAACUCAGAGUAAGAUCAAGGCAGUGGAGAAUCGGCACAAGGAAGAAAUCCAAACCAUUGAAAAGGAAAUGAACAUCCUUCUUCAGCAGAGGGAUGCUCUACAAAACGAGGUGGAAGAGUUGACAUCUCAGCUGGCAGCUUCCAAAGAGUCCCAGCAAGUGAUUGGCCACAAAGCUCAGCAAGAGCUGAGGGAGGCACAGGAGCUGUCAAGGCAGAAGCUGCUGGAGGCUGAGCACCUCCAGAAGAUCCUGGAGGAGGAGAGGAGUCAAUGGGAGGAGGUAGAACGUCAGAACAAGGAGCUGCAAGUGUGUCUGCAGUCCUUGGAGGAGGAAAGGAGUCGAUGGGAAGAAGUGGAGCAUCACAACACAGAAUUACAGGCUUUGCUGACAGUCCUAGAGAGUGAAAAAGCCAGGCUGACCCUGUCUCUGGAAGAGAAAGAACUGAGCCUCGCAACCCUGGAAGAAACCAGCCUUGCCCAGCACAACAAGGUGUCUCAGCUUCUUUCUACCAUUCACCAGACCCAGCAGAUCCACGCAGACCACAGAAGAGAAAUACAAGAGCUCAACAACCAGAUACAGUCACUGCAGGAAGCAGUGCUGGAGAAGGAAGCUGGCCUGGCAACUCGAGAGAAGCAGCUACUACAGGACCUGGAGGAGUCCCGAGCAGGGGAACAGUGCUUGAGGGACUCUUUGAGUGUGCUGGAGGCUGAGAUGUCUGAACUGCGUCUGAGGCUUUGUAGCACAGAGAACAGAGCGAUGGCAUUGGCUGCAGAGCAUCAGGAGGCUGACAGUGCCCGCUGUGAAACCCAGUCUGAGCUGGACAGACUGCGUUUGGUUCUCCACCACAUGAUCUGUGACAGCAGAGACUUGGUCGCUUGGAGUUCAGAACAGGGUGAUGUCUGGGGCCUGACUGUUUCUCAGGCCAGGGACCUCCCUGCAGAGCUCACGGUGGACAGAGUGGCAGCAGCCCUACAAGACGUGCAUCAGCACCUGAAGCAGACUCGGCAAGAUCUGAAUGAUGCGAAGAAGAAGAUACAGGAUUUGGAGGUGGAGCUGAGCAAGAGGCAAGCUGAGAGGGACCAUUUCAGCACCCGCAGUCAAGAGCUGCAGAAACAGUUGACUCAAAGCCAGGAAGAGACACAGAUGGCAGAACACAAGAGGAGCUCUCUACAAGCUGCCUUGCAGGAAGAGGCCACUGCUCUAAAGGAGGAGGCUCUGACCCUGCGUCAGGAGGUGGCGUCUUUGCAGAGGAAACUUGAAAGCACAGAGAAGCAAAGAGAGGACGUCCUGCAUGAACUGGACAGACUACAAGCAGUUAAAGAAAAACUGGUAUGGGAGAUAAAACUUCUUCAGGAAUCAGUCACAGCCUCUGAAACCCGAGCAAAUACAGCAACAGAAAUUAAUUACUCCCUUGAACAAGAACUCCAAACUACACUGUGUGUCUUAAAAGUUAAAAAUGAGGAAGUAGAAAUGCAGUGGGAGAAGAUUCAGAUGCUACAGAAGGAGGCAGCAGAGGUAAAAGCUUUGCAGGAGAAUCUCGCUCAUAUGACUGCCAUCCUCUCAGAGAGGGAGGGAGAGAUGAAGCUGUACCAGGAACAGAUGAGAAAGCUGGAAAACCAGAAAGAAAUGCACAAAACUGCUCUUGAUCGAGUUAUUACGGACAUAAGUGAGAAAAAGCAGAAAACUGAAUCCCAGCAAGAACUCAUACAGGAGCUGGAGAAGCAGCAAGAAAAACAAAGGAUUGCUGUAAGCAAAAUGAGCAAAGAGCUGGAGGAGAGAGAGCGGGAGAUCAGAUCCCAGCAAGAACAGAUACAGGAGCUGGAGAAGCAGCAAGAAAAACAAAGGAUUGCUGUAAGCAAAAUGAGCAAAGAGCUGGAGGAGAGGAACCAGGAGAUCAAAUACCAGCAAGAACUGAUAGCAGACAUGGAGAAUCAGCGAGAAAUGCAGAGGACUGCUGUGAGCAAGAUUAGCAAAGAGCUGGAGGAGAGGAACCAAGAGAUCAGAUCCCAGCGAGAAGAAAUACAGGAGCUGGAGAAGCAGCAAGAAAAACAAAGGAUUGCUGUAAGCAAAAUGAGUGAAGAGCUGGAGGAGAGAGACCAGGAGAUCAGGUGCCAGCAAGAACAAAUACGGGACCUGGAGAAGCAGCGAGAAAUGCAGAGGACUGCUGUUAGCAAAGAUCUGGAGGAGAGGAACCAGGAGAUCAGAUCCCAGCGAGAAGAAAUACAGAAGCUGGAGAAGCAGCAAGAAAUGCAAAGGACUGCAGUGAGCAAGAUGAGCAGAGAGUCAGAAGAGAGGGACCAGGAGAUCAAAUACCAGCAAGUACUGAUAGCAAACAUGGAGAAGCAGCGAGAAAUGCAGAAGACUGCUAUCAGCAAGAUGAGCAAAGAGCUGGAGGAGAGGAACCAGGAGAUCAGAUCCCAGCGAGAAGAAAUACAGGAGUUGGAGAAGCAGCAAGAAAAACAAAGCAUUACUGUAAGCAAAAUGAACAAAGAUCUGGAGGAGAGAGAGCGGGAGAUCAGAUCCCAGCGAGAAGAAAUACAGGAGUUGGAGAAGCAGCAAGAAAAACAAAGCAUUACUGUAAGCAAAAUGAACAAAGAUCUGGAGGAGAGAGAGCGGGAGAUCAGAUCCCAGCGAGAAGAAAUACAGGAGUUGGAGAAGCAGCAAGAAAAACAAGAGAGAGAGCGGGAGAUCAGAUCCCAGCGAGAAGAAAUACAGGAGUUGGAGAAGCAGCAAGAAAAA